GAGGUUUAAGUCCCCCCACCACCACCCAUUUGACAGGCCCUUGCUCCCACCAUCUGCGUGUUUUUACGACCAUGCACAAACUGACAAAUCGCUGUGAUGUGACUUGAUCUGCUAACGAUUUUACACAUUUAUCACGUGCGAUAACUCAGUCAAGUGAAAAAUGUCUUGAUUUUCGUUUUUUAAUAGUUGUCUGGCAUUUAACCAUUCAACGAUUUAACCGAUUGAUGGAGAACAAAACGAUACAGGCGCCACGGGCUGUGAAGUCCUGCGGGUCGUAAAAAAAAACAACUCAAGUCCACCGCGAUUCCCCCGCAAGCGUUUUUGUUACGAUUCAUAUUGAUCAAAACUACAUAUUGGCGUCCAUAUUGAUGACGUCACGAACCUACUCCGGCGGAAUUCCUUCAUCCUCCAAUAUCCCAGCAGCCACCGCGCCGUCUGCGUCGUAAUAUUGACAAAGAAAACGGCGAGAGAAACGAAAACAGGGUGGGAUAAGCGAAAGACACUUGCGAUACCCUGAGAUAAACCCGUGUAUUGACAACACCAAGCCCCACAUCAUGUCAUGGCCCUAAGGAACUGAGAGCGGGAAGUGCCGUUUCCACCCGAGGGAGUUGACGCAUCCGUGGAGUUCCUGAGCGGUGGGGGGCCCCAGCCAGACAGUGAACGGGAAGAGGAGGAGAGCUCAGCUGGAGCCAAUGCAGCAGCCGCAGAGUCGACAGCCUGAGCUGGUGGAAGGAAGCCUUCCCGUGUUCGUGUUCCCUACUGAGCUUGUGUUCUACGCAGACAAUCAGACAUCUCACAAGCAGGUGCUCACCCUCUACAACCCUUAUGAGUUCGCCCUCAAGUUCAAAGUGCUGUGCACCGCGCCAAACAAAUAUACCGUUGUGGAUUCAACCGGAGCUGUAAAACCACAGUGUUGCGUGGACAUAGUGAUAAGACACAGAGAUGUGCGGGCCUGCCACUAUGGUGUGUAUGAUAAGUUCCGGCUGCAGGUGUCCGAGCAGAGCCAGCGGAAAGCUCUGGGCCGCAAAGAGGUGACCGCCACGUUGCGUCCCUCUGCUUCACAGGAGCCCGUCAGCCCCCGGGCCCAAGAGGAGGAACGCAGAAUGAAAGAGCAGCUUGCCGACAGCAUCUUCUUUGAACAGACUGCGUUUCAGACAGAGAGUCGGCCUGCUUCUGGAGGGCCUAGUUUGUUGACGGUGCUGCUUGGGCUGAUUUGUAUGGCCGCCCUGAUGCUCCCAACCCUGGGGGAGCAAGAAUCUACCGUGCCUGUCUACCUCCACUUAAGUGUUAACAAGAAACUUGUAGCUGCUUAUGUUCUUGGUCUUCUUACAAUGGUCAUCCUACGUACAUGAAGUGCCCUGGGCUUGGAGAGAGAAUGGUAGAUCUAGGAUUCAAAGGAUGAAGAGAACACUGUCACACUCAAAGCUCUGACCCGCUCCAUUGGGCAGUGUUGACAAGAGGAGAGUAGGGUGAUGUUAUCUGGUGAACCCACCCACUCUCCGAAGCGUACAUUUUAAUGUGAUUAUUUUCAAAUAUAUAUUUAAAUAUCUAUCAUUACUAUGUUGAAUUGAAGCAAACAAUUGAGACCCCAUUAUAGGGGUCAAAGGAUUGGUUUCGGUGAGAAGGGCUGCCCUUGAGAGGGGGCCCGUGAAGAGAUAAGGACGUUUGAUUUAAAAUGUUGUAUGGCAUCAUAUUAACUUGAAUCCAUCUGUACUUCCAUUGCCAUUAAGUAAAGGAUUAUAGUAAACUUGAAUACCAUAGUGUGAAUGGUGUUUAAAGAAAACAUGACGCAUGUGUAAAAAGCCAUUAAAAUUUUGUUACGGUCUUCACUUGUAACCAAUGUAGUAUUGUCUAAUUAAAGCUUUUUUUUAAAGGUAGUGUAGACUCAUGACUAAAUGCAGUGCACUGCAUGUAUGGCUACGUCUGAAUGAGUAUUGUUAAGCAGUAAUGACAUUUACAUGCUACUAAAUGAAAGUCUUAUAAAAAGACAGUUUACAUGGAUUAAAUCAAUGCUGCAAAGUGCCCCAAAUAUUUAAUAAAGGCUCAAACAUCUG